AUGCGCUCUUCGCCUUCUCUUUCCCUACUAUGCCUCUUCUAUCUCUUCAGCUCCACCGCACUGGCUGCGUCGGCAGUCUUGGGCGUGGAUCUGGGCACCGAGUACAUCAAAGCCGCGCUUGUGAAGCCCGGGAUCCCUCUCGACAUUGUCCUUACUAAAGAUUCGCGCCGGAAGGAGACAUCAGCGGUGGCAUUCAAGCCUGCGAAGAACAUCAAGAGCGGAGACUUCCCCGAAAGAGUUUAUGGAUCCGACGCGGUAGCCCUGUCUGCGAGAUUCCCUGGAGAUGUGUACCCGAACCUCAAGAGGCUGCUAGGACUUGGCGCAGACAAUUCCGUGGUCAAGGACUAUUCGUUGAGACACCCUGCGUUGAAGUUAGAGAAGGACAAGACGAGAGGGACCGCCGCAUUUCGAAGCGGUGCAUUCGCCGCAGAUGAGGAGCCAUGGGCUGUGGAGGAAAUCUUGGCCAUGGAGCUCCAGAGCAUACAGAAGAACGCCGAAGCUCUCGCAGGAAAGGGGAGCACUGUGAAGGAUUUGGUUAUUACGGUUCCACCAUUCUACUCGGCCGAAGAGAAGCGGGCUGUGAUUUUGGCAGCUGACUUGGCUGGACUCCGAGUGUUGGAAUUGGUAAGUGACGGAUUGGCUGUGGGGGUGAACUAUGCGACAUCUCGAACUUUUAAGUCUAUCAACGAGGGCGCGAAGCCGGAAUACCACAUGGUUUUUGACAUGGGAGCCGGAUCGACCAAGGCUACUAUCUUGAAGUUCCAGGGUCGGACAGUGAAGGACGUUGGAAAGUUCAACAAGACCAUUCAGGAGGUUCAGGUCAUGGGCAGCGGAUGGGAUAGGACUCUUGGUGGCGACGAACUCAAUGCUGUCAUUGUGGAUGACAUGAUCUCCAAGUUUGUGGCAUCCCCGGCAGCCAAGAGUGUUGCCCCAACUGUCGAGGCAGUCCAAGGACAUGGCCGCGCAGCAGCGAAGCUCUGGAAGGAGGCUGAGAGAUUGAGACAGAUUCUCAGCGCCAACCAGAACACGCAAUCUGGAUUUGAAGGUCUCUACGAGGACAUUGACUUUCGCUACAAGAUCACCCGCGAGGAAUUUGAGAAGAUGACCGCUUCCCAUGCAGCACGUGUCCACACCGUUAUCCGGAAGGCUUUGGAAAUGGCACUACUUGAGAUUGACGACAUCGAUUCGAUCAUUCUCCACGGGGGAGCGAUCCGCACCCCGUUCGUCCAGAAAGAGCUGGAGAAGUUUGUUGGAAACUCAGACAAAAUCCGGACUAACGUCAACUCAGAUGAAGCUGCCGUUUUCGGUGCCGGAUUCAGAGGUGCCGGGUUGAGCCCAUCUUUCAGAGUCAAAGAGAUCAGAGCUUCCGAGGGAGCUGCAUACGCAGCCGGUGUGAAGUGGAUUAACAUCCACGAGAAGCCCCAACACCAGAGACUUUGGCAGCCAACUUCACUCCUGGGGGCUGUCAAGCAAUACACCUUCCAGAACCAAUACGACCCAUUCGAGUUGAAAUUCUACCAACAUGUUGGUUCCGUCGAGAAUGUCUCACCAGGAUCUGCCGAAAAAGAGGUUCUCACUCUGACCACAUCAAACCUUACGGAGUCUGUAACUUAUCUGAAAGAGAAAUUCGCCUGUACCGAUGGCGACAUUCUAAUCAAGCUCAGCACCCGUCUUUCUCCUUCUAACGGAGAAAUCGAGAUUCUCAAGUUCUACCUGGACUGCGAGAUCGAGAAUGCGGUCGAGGAGAAGGAGAGCAUGGUUGACAGCGUGAAGGGUCUCUUUGGCUUCGGCAAGAAGGACCAAGUACCAUUGUCCGACGAGGAAGCUGCUGAAGCCAAAAGCUCCAGCUCAACCGAAAGUCUCACUGCUUCUAGCAGCUCUUCGUCUCCAUCCUCUCCCUCGCCAUCGCCAUCUCCAUCUGUCAAGCCAAAGCCUACCAAGCGCUUCGAGAUCGUCCCAUUAGCAUACACUACCACCAUCGGCGGUCUCCCCCAACUUCCAGCCGCAGAACUCACCCGCAUGAAAGAGCGCCUCGCCUCUUUCGCCGACUCAGACCGCUCUCGUCGUCUCCGCGAAGAAUCCCUCAAUCAACUUGAAGGCUUCACCUACAAAGUGCGCGACCUCCUAGAAGAAGAAGAAUUCAUCACCGCGUCCACCGCCACUGAGCGCGAAUCCCUCGAGGCAACAGCCAAAGCAGCAAGCGAGUGGAUUUACUCUGGCGGUGCAGAAGCCAGCCGUGACGAACUGAAAGCUAGGCUCAAUGAAAUGAAAGACAUUGUCAAGCCGAUUGAAAUUAGGAAAUCUGAAGCCUCGAGCCGUCCUCUUGCUCUCAAGAGCCUUCAAGACGCUUUAAAUCAGACCCAGACAAUGAUCGCGGGUAUCACCGAGCAAAUUGCCAACGACACCAAAGCGCACGAAGCGUUCAGCGCGUCGAAAUCCGCCGCUGCGGCUGCGGAACCGACGCCCUCGCCCAUCGCUGAUGAGCUGGAGGACGAAGAUGCUUCAUCUACUUCCCCGGGGCCUGCCAGGGAAGAGACCUUGGCGCCGCCUGUGUACGUAGAAGCAGAUCUUGUCAAGCCGAAGGAACUAUACAGCGAGAUCUCCACCUGGCUCGCCGAGAAGCUUCCAGCGCAGGAAGCCCUCUCCGCUGCCGACGACCCUGUGCUCCUCUCCAAGGACCUCGAGGCCAAGGCGAAGCAAUUGACGGAUAUUCACGUUGCGCUUAUCAUGAAGAGCAUGAAGCAGCCCUACAAAUCUUCCCGCCCUAACUCUUCCAAGCCCAAGGCCCAAAAGCCAAAGACGAAGCCGCCGAAGUCGAAGAAGAGCAGCUCGACGGCGAGCGCGGAGAAGAGCGAGAAGAAGAGUGGGGAGCAGCCGCCGGUCAUACAGCGGAAUCCCGACGGCAGCUUGAACUUCAACAUUGGCGAAGAUGGGAAGAUGCCGAGUCAGGAGGAGAUUAUGGCGUUCGUCAAGGCUCAGGAGGACAGGGAUGCUGCUGAGCUGGCGGGCAAGGCGGAGGCGAAGGUAGAGGAGAAGGCCGAGGAGAUUAAACAUAGUGAGCUGUGA